GUCGUGCGUUUGUUCGGUAGUGCUGCUAUCACUACAGCUAACAGGUGACCGCGACUAAAUUACUGGUUACUUGGUUGCCACCGGCAAUCGGACAGUUGUAACCGGAAUACCGGAUAUCCGAGUGGAUGAUUUGGGACGCUGAUAUAAAAUCAAUCGCUGAUAUCGCCAAUGGAUUUCGUGAAUCGUGAUUACCCGUUAACAAUAAUAACAAAUUACAAAAUGACAACAAGCGUCAAGCACUUCAAGCAGACCGACUGACCGUCUAGACCGAGUGUCGACCGUCGACUCAACUACUCAAGUGAGUGACUAUAGUGACUGACAAAGUGACAAGUGAAAAAAGUGGCUCUGGUAAAUUAAUUGCAAUAAUAUUUUAUUGCCGAAUUAUACUAGACAGCAAACUGUAUAAUUGUAUGCGGUCUUUCGUUUACGGCCUUUGCGACCUUUUGUAGCAGUAUUAUCCGCGUGUCGUUCAGGUACGUAGCGUUCAGAUCGUAUCACCACGUCCUACUGCAACUUCAAGUUACAAUAAACAACARUUUUCAAUAAUGGCAAAUAACCAAGAAGCAAUGCAAGUAUGUUCUUUGCCUUUACCACCUGUGCAAUACUUCCAAAAUUAUUCAGAUGAAAACAUUAGGCGAGGUCGUGCUUCUAAGCCRCCACCAAUAAUUCAAGAAACUUACACAAUGUUUGGAAACCCAUAUAAUGCUGAAGAUAGUAUAAUUAGACCUUUAGAAAGUCAGGGCUUUAAACGUCUUUAUCCUCAACAUUUUGAUAGACGACGUGAAUUACGUAAACUUAACCAUUCAUUAUUGGUUAACUUUCUCGACUUACUGGAUCUGCUAAUUCAAUGCCCUGACUCUCCUAGACGAGCUGAAAAAGUUGAUGACAUAAGUCUACUGUUUAUUCACAUACACCAUUUAUUAAAUGAGUUCCGUCCACACCAAGCACGAGAAACUGUUCGUGUCAUGUUAGACUUGCAGAGGAGGCAAAGAAAUGAAACCACUAUACGAUUGCAAAAACACAUAGAUAAAGUWAGUGAUAUUCUACAACAAACAUUAGAAAACUUGCCCGACACAGAGCUUGAUUCUAAGCUCAUGGUGGACACAUCCAAAAUUGAUCGUUUGGAACAGAAAAAUGCUGAUGAACCAAGAGCUGACAAAUGUGUACCUAAAGAUAAACUUAUGUGUCAUCUUAUUGAUACAAUGAAUACCAAUUAAAAAUUAGACAUUUUAUUUAUCUUCUGUUAUUGUUUUAUAUAUUUAUACUUAAAAUAUUUUCAACUAACAAUAUAUUUUUCAUUCUUUUGCAAUUGAAUCAUUUGUGUCCACAUAUUACAUUACCUUUAUGCAUAUUAAAAUUUGAAACACUGUGAAUAAUUUAUUAUUUUACAUUUUUUUAUUAAUAAUAAUUGGUUAA